CCUUUGUUAAAGAAAUAAAGGUUCCAACCUGACCAAAGCCAGAAAUACACUCAAGACCACAUAUUUUUUGGCUUUUCAAUUGGUCAACCAUGUAAAAACUGAAUUAAAAAUGAGGUGGACUGUCUUGUCUCUGUUAGACUGUGUGCCUCCAGCUGCACCAGAUGUUUUUGGCUCCUCCCAGACAGCUAAGUAAAACAUUCCAGCCCACCUCUGGGAAUCUGCUUGCUCCUCCACACACUCCCACUGAACUCCAGUCAAGAUUUUACAGGAGCUAAAGAGACUUAGCCGACACAAAAUGAGAGGACUUGUUGUCUUGGUUACUUUGGCCUGCUUUGCCACUGCUCAGCACCAAGCACUGAUUGACUAUUUGGAGCGGAGGCUGCUUGCUAUUGAGGACCGGAUCUCUCUCUGGCACGAACAGACCACCCGUUAUGCCUCAGAGCUGCGGGAGCUUAAGCAACAAAUGGUUUCCCAGCUGGAGAACCUGGACAAAGAGAAAGAAGCACUGAGAAUGAACCUGGACAGUGUGGGGACGAGGGUGGACCGGGUGGAACGUGAGCUGGACUAUCUGGAGACUCAGAACGGGGCUCAGCCGUGUGUGGAUGUGGACGACAAGCUGAUAGAGCAGCAGGUGACUCUGGUGAAGGAGAAGCAGAAGGCCAAAUAUUCAAAACUCACAGACUGCAGCGACAUGAUCUCCAGUAUAAAAGCCAUGAAGAUCUUGAAGCGAGUUGGAGGGCCAAAGGGCAUGUGGAGCAAAGACACCAACAGAGGCUCUGGGAAGGUCUACAUUUUUAAUGGGACAGAUGAUGACACCAUCCAUGAGUUUUCCUCUGUGCAAGACUUCACCCGCUCUCUGGGCUUGUCUCUGUCCAAGACCGUGAAGCUGCCAUCAGCCUGGAAGGGAACAGGACAUGUGGUCUAUAACAAUCAUGCCUAUUAUAUAAAUCAGGUGGAAGAGAUAAAGGUGGUUAAAUAUGACAUGAAGAACAACUCUGUGAUGGACAGCGCAGUGUUUCCUGUCCAGGACCAAGUCCCAGUGUACAGCCUGACCCCUGAGACAGUAGUGGACCUGGCUGUGGACGAGGAAGGCCUGUGGGCCAUUUACGGCACACGGCAGAACGAGAGACACAUCUCUCUGGCCAAAAUCGACGCCAACUCGCUGGACAUCGAGCAGAUGUGGGACACAAACUGUCCGAGGGAGAACGCGGAGGCAGCCUUUGUCAUCUGUGGCACUCUGUAUGUGGUGUAUAACACCAAGCAGCCCGGUCGCUCACGUGUACAGUGUGUGUUUGACGUCAAUGACAUGGUGACCAGCGAAGACGCACCGCUGGUUUACUUUCCAAAACGCUAUGGAGCUCACUCCAGUCUGAAGUACAACCCACAGGAGCAGCUGCUCUAUGCCUGGGAUGAUGGCUACCAGAUCCUGUACAAGCUUCUCAUGAAAAAGAAACUAGAAGUUUGAGUUUGAGUUAAUACAAACAACCCCCCACCAACCCGUAAAAAGGCCAUACCAGUGUUUUUGCAAGUUUUAGCUCCUCACAAUUUAUGUAUAUGUAACAUAUCUGGUUACCAUUUUUAUGAAGUGUGCUGUAGAAUUUCAGAUUUUUCUGUGUUUUUGUGUUAAUUUUCAGUCAGCCAUUAGUUUCCAUCUCAUACUUUUGAAACUUGUGAGACAUUACAUAAUCACAGUAAAAAAUCAAGUCCACUUUUUAUUAGUCUUUAUAUAGAAAUACCACGCUGUGUUACUUCACAAUUACAUAACUCUGAAAACACAACUGAAUGCAGACCUGAUGUUCACUAUGAUGCAUUAAACAACUCAAGAACAUUUCAAGACUCCCCCAUUUUGAUUUCCCUACCAUGAGGAAAUUAACAGAAAAUAUGUGCUGCUUUAAAAUACUUUAAAUAAAACACUCCAACAUUGUUUGCUAAAUAGCCGACAAUGACUUGUAGUAAAUAGGAUAAAAAUGCAAAAUUACUGGUAUAUGUUCCUUUGUGUUUGAAAAAGGUUCAAAAGUGCUGGAUUGUAGAAAUGUGUCAGUGUACUUUCACACACUUUCAGAUGUGAACAUUGGACGCAUUUGCAGAUUUUGAGAGGUUUCAUGACUUCUCUAUAACAUGUUUCUCUAAUCAGACUCUGCACUGCACCUCCAUCUUUACAAUCAACUCUGCGUCUGCUGGUGGGUCGACUUGAAUAGAAUUACUGUACUUUCCUGUGAUUUCAUGUGUUGCUGUCUGUUUCUAAAGUUGUUCCAAGAGCUUGUUUCUUUUUUGUCCACACACAUAUUGUCCAAAAUUAGGUCACAUCAUACUACAAAUUAGUAAAACACCUCUGACGACUCACUUUAACAAUCUUUAAUCACUUUAAUCUUAUACUAAACAUGUCAUUUUGCUGUCCAUAAAAAAUUGUGACCAUUUAAAUCUUGGUAGCCUAAUAUAAGUAAGUAAAUAUAAGCACUCUCUCUUGUCAUUUCCAAUUGAGUCAGAUUCAUUGAUCCUUAGUUCUUUUCCCCAAUGUAGCAU